CGUAGCGUUUAGUUGGAAUUUCGCUUUUGAUCUGGUUGGUUGUGUUUUUUGCAUCGCUCUUCGCCCGAUUGCAAAGCGAACGAAACAUGCAAAAGAAGCGCAGAACAUAGAAAAAAAACGCAAUCGCCGCUAAACGUUUUACAUACAAUUCAGCAAAUACAAAAAAAAAACAAAAAUAUUCCUGCUCAACAAAAAUACAAAACCAAACAAAUUUUUCGCUCAUUUACGAGUGUGUGUGAGUGACAGUGUCUGUGUGUGUCAAGAUGUAAAAAAUUAACUUGAUGACAAUUUUUUUUAUUGAUACUAGAAACGUGCGUUGUAAACUCAGCUCAGGUACUAAAAUUUAGUAAUAUCAAAUCAAAAAACAAAAAAAAAAGAACAAUCAAUAUACAAACAGAUAAAUAAAUAGACUGCAAUUUUAUACAACAAUUUUAUACAAACGCAAAAUGCAAGUCACGUGUGUGUGAGUGAGAUAGCAACAACAAAAAAAAUACACUGCUAGGAAAAAAAGCGCACGUGCAACAAAAAAUAAAAACAUAUUUUUUUAUGGCGCCGCGUCGCAAUUCGCAGCAGCAACAAAAAUCAGACUUUACAUCAGCGGUAACUGGAAGUGCAACAAACAUGGCGCCCAUGCAACAAAUGUUGAACGUGGGCGUGCAACUCACACGCUGCUGUUAUCCCAACGGUGAAUGUGGCAAAUUGGAUGCGCUGAUCGCACUGGACGAACAAGGGCUUUCGGAAUGUGUCCGCGUGCUGUGCAACAAUGAGAAUUGCAACGUGGGGCAGUAUAUGCAUCGGGAUUGCUUCGAUUUGUGGGAGGCGGGCGUGUUGCAACAACUGAAGAGCAGCGGCAGAGCGCGCAGCUGGUCGGAGCGUCAACGCGUGCAACAGCUGUGGACGAAGAAGGGCUACGAGUUGGUCGCCAAGAGUUGCAACUGCAAGUGUGGCAGGGGGCAGCUGCGCAAGGAUCUCGACUGGCUGCCACACGGUGGCAACAACAACAACAACAGUGGUAACAGUGGCUGCUUCAUCAGCGAGGACGAUGACAAGAAAAAGGCCAAAAAGAAGCGCAAUCGCAACAGCAACAACAACAACAAUAGUGGCAACAACAACACCAAUGGAGGCAGUGGCAAGUCUGUUGUGGCAUCUGUUGUUGGUGGCAACUUGACGCCCAAUCCCAAUGUGGGCGUCAUUGGCUCCGGCUUGCCACACAACAACAACAACAGCAACUCUAAUAAUAAUAUCGGUGGCAACAACAACAACAACAUUUUGCAGCCCAGCGUUGUGGCCACUUUGAGCAACAUUCUCAUGAGCAGCAACAACUGCAACACCAACAACAACAACAUCAACAAUCACAACAACGUUUUGGGCCUCGAUUUGCGGAAUCGCGCUGGAAGUUUGUCUUCCAGCGGUUCUAGCUCCCCAUCGGCCUCGCAAUCCAGCGCCGACAUUUCGCUGUCGCCCGUGCAACAGCAGCAGCAACAACAGCAGCAUCAGCAGCAACAGUUGCACUUGCAACAACAACAAUUGCAGCUGCCUGCAACCAUCAAUAACAACAACAGCUUUCCCAGCUUGUUGCUUCAGCACAACGGCUUGAACCUGGCCAAGAGCAUCUUGCCUCAACAACAGCAACAGCAGCAACAACAACCGCAACAGUUGCCACAGCUGCCCGCUUUGGCCAACAUCAGCAACUUUAAGCCUCUGGCCAGCUACGAUCAACAGCAGCUUCUACAGCAGCAGAAGAACAAAGAAGUCGAACUCUAUUCGGAGCGUGUUCGCUCGACAUCUGGUUGCAAUGGCAUCUUCUCACGUCGCCUGGAUUUCUCAUCAUUCAAUUUGCUGCCAAAGACGCGUUUGAAUUCUUAUCAAGUUAAGAUUGAGGACGAGGGCAAUCAUGGCAACGACGAAACACGCCUCUUCAUACUCUCCUCGCUGGCCCAGUCGCAGAUGAGUCGCGUUGCAUGCAUUUUGUGCGAGGAGCCGUUGCUUGUAUUCGAUCGCUAUCCGCUGGUCGAUGGCUCCUUCUUUCUCAGUCCCAAGCAGCAUUCCAGCGGCUGCAUUGAGGUCAAAUACGAGGGACGCAUGCUCUACUUGACCUGUGUGUGCAUGAGUUGCCUCGACGGCACCUCCAGCAGUCGUGUCAUCAGCUGCCGAUUCUGCAGCGAGCCCUGGGAUGGCUCCAGCCUGGUGCUGGGCACCAUGUAUGCCUAUGACAUCUUUGCAGCCAUGCCCUGCUGUGCCGAUCGUUUCAAGUGCAAUAACUGCUUCAAGAUGCUGAUGCAUCCACAGAAGCGUCUGAGCUUCUACAGCGAUUACUCGCACGGCGUCACCUGCCCCUAUUGCAACACACAGGACACACACUUUGUGAAGCCGCUGAACUUCUGCUACACCAAGAGCAAUGCGACGCGGUUGCAGGCGAUCGCAUAACAUGAGGCCCCGUUGGAGUCUCCAACGGUGCAAGGCGCAACAGCAACCACAGCAAAUGCCGCCAGUGCCAAUGGUGCUUCAACGGACCCCAAGCAGCCGCUCUACAAUGCGGCCAUCGAUUAUUCGGCCCCGCUACAGCAGCAAAUCAAUCCCGAUCUUAUUGGCGCCCAUCCACAUGCCCAGCAACAUCAGCAGGUAAGGCAGCAGCAGCAGCCACCACAGCAGCCGCAGCAGCAACAGCAACCAACAACACAGCAGCAACCAGCUAUUGCUGCUGUCAAUCAACCGGCAACAGCAACAGCAGCAGUUGCGGCAACCACGCAACGUGCAAAUGAGGCUGCUUAUUUGGUGUCAGCAGCAGCUGCACGUGCUGCCAGCUACCAGCAACAACAGCAGCAGCAACAACAACAGCAGAAGCUGACCUUCACAAACAGCCUAAUGGCCAUGGCGGAUGUAAUGAGCAAGUUUCAACAGCAACAGCAGCAUCACCAACAACAACAGCAGCAGCAACAACAACAACAGCAGCAACAGCCACAUAAACCAUUGGGCCACUUGAAUCUUGGCCAUGAUGCCAACGGCCUUUUAUUGACCAACAUGAACGGCAACAACAACAACAGCAACAACGGUGUUAGCAGCAGUAUUAGUAACUUAUUAAUUAGCAAUAAUUCACACAACAACAGCAAAGUGAGCAACGCCUGGUCACAGCCCAUGGCCCAGGCGGAGGCCAUCUCGGCAUUGUGGGGCUGUGCCAGCAAUGCCUCGACAACCGGCUCGACCAGCGGCUGCUCAUCGGGCAGCGGCUCGCAGCCAUCACUGAGUCCGACGAGCAGCCACAGCAAGGAGUUGCUCUGGGCCCAGACGUCGCCGAAUUGCGCCCAACUCAGGGAGAAUUUCUAUGCGGCCAAAGAGCUGUUGCCGCAUGCUGCAUCGCCCACCGCAUCGUUGACCAGCUCAUCGGGCGCCUCCUCCACGGGCGGUUGGGGCACCACCUCGAAUGUUGCUGUUAAUGCCCAUUAUGCCAAGCUGAGUGCUGCCCAAAAUAUAUGGGAGUUGCCGCCAGCUAACAGCAGCAACCACAACAGUCACAAUGCAGCUCAACUCGCACCCGAUAUGUUCAGCGAUCUCUUGUGCAAUCUGCACAUCGGCCAGGAUGGCAAUCAGCACAGCAACAACAUCAACAACAUUAGCAGCAACAACAUCAACAACAUGAAAGCUGAUGCUAACUCUGAUGUUAGCUCCAACUCAUCCUCCUCGGCUGGCGAGCUGGAGGUGGCCAACAUUUGGCGCCACAGCGCAGCACACAAUGUGCGCCAAGUAUUGUUCGAGGAACCAACUGGAGUUGCUCCCUGCAUGCAGCUCUUUAAUGAUUAUCUAAACAUGAACUAAGCGAAACACACACACACACAACAGAUGAAAAGAAAAAGCGAAUGUUACUCUAGCAAAAUUUAACAGAGAAUAGUAACAACUUACCGUAACAGUAGCAGUAACAUUAUCACUAGCAGUAACAGUAACAGUAAUAGAAGCUGUUAAAUUAACAGGUAGAAGCAACCGCCAGCAGGCACAGGCGUCUUGCUGAAUUUCCAACUAUGUACUUUUAGAAAUUUACACAAAAAACAAAACAAAACGAGAGACGAGAAAAAUGAAAAGCUCGCCUGUGUGUGUAUUUUUAUUUAAUACAAUGAAAAAGCGAUUUUACACAAACGAAGUAAAAGCAAAAUGAUACAAACACUUCAUCUAAAAACAAUUUUCUUGUUACUUUUGUUGAGUUUAAUCAUUUUUACAUUUACAUAUUACACUAAAAUCAUAUUACAAAACAAAAAAAAAAUCAAACAAAAAAGGAAAAAACCCUAAAUGAAAGCAAUUUUUUAGUUUUAUUUUAUAAAUGCAAAUUUUUAUAUAAGGACCAACCAAAAAAGGAAAAACAAAACCAACACAGGAAAAAAAUGCGAUUCACAUCACGCGCAUUAAUCUUCGCAUAGUUUUUGAGGGGUUUCUUUUUUAAAUAUUGUAUAAUUUAGCAAAGAGAAAAACUAAUUGCAAGCAAAGCAUUUUAUGUUCGUUGAAUGAAAUGAAAAUUGCUGUGCUGCUCAAUAACAACUACAACAACAACCACAAAAAAUAUUAAUAAUAAUGAUAUAGAAAUAUACGCACGAAUAUAUGUGCGUAUACUUAAACGAUAUACGAGUAUAAUAAUCGAAUGAACGGGAAGAGAAUGAAAAACAAAAUUUUGCUACAUUUUAUAAAACAUAAAUUUACAUACUAAAUUAAUCGAUAAGUUUGCACAUCUUUACCUAAACGAUUGGUAAUUAUUUCUAGUUUUUAGUAAGCGAAUUGGAAAAACAAAACACGCCCCCAACUCCCCCUAAGAAAAACAUCAACAACAACGACAACAACAAAAUCACUUUCUCAAAGCCCUUUCCAAAGUAAAAACAAAACGAGUUCGAUAUAAAAUUUCAUACAAAUUCAGAUCGAUAACAAUUAUCGAUGACAAUUAGCGGUACAUGCAAAAAAAUAUAUAAUAUGUAACAGUUCCCAGCGUCCACCCGUCAGCCAUUGCAAAGGUAUUUUAAAAUACAUCCAUUGCCCGCCCAUCCUAUGAUAUAAGUUUUAACCAAACAAUAAACAGCUUCAGCAACAACAACAACAAAAAUUUUCGGCGCAGCGUGAUCAUUAAUUAGUAAGUUUUUUAAGUAAGAUAGUGAACCCAAAUUAUAGGAGUGUUCUAGUUCGUAGGCAUUUCAUUUUCUAUUGGCUAGGUUAUCGAAUCAUUUCCCUUGUACUAUGUACGAGUAAUAUUUAGGUCUCCCUCUAUACCCAUCACCCAUCUCCCCCUACCCCUACCCCUAUCUCCGUCUAUGUGUAUCUAUCUUUAAACUAACUAUGUGUCUAUAUAUCUAUUGUAGUAUUGUAGUAAGGCAAGGCAACUUAGCAGAACAGCCGUAUGUGAUGGAUCUCUGUAAAGUGUUUUGAUUUGUGUGCUUUGCACUCACUCACUCACGACGCUAUCGAUAGGUUUAAUAGGAUUAAGCAAGUUUUCUAAAUUUUAUAUACGAGUAUUUACGAGGUAUGCAAACAUCCCACGAUUUAAAGAGCGGUUCAAUGUUUCCUGUUUUGUCUUUAUUUUUUGUGCAUCAAAAAAGUCACCAAUCUCCCACCCCCCUUUUCCCUGCCCCCCAAACACAUCAUUAUUAUGUAUAAGUUUUAUUAUCCCUCCCAUUGAUUCACUUUGUUCUCAACUCAAAAUUGUGUAAAAUUACCUAAAGAUUAAAAUCUUUACUUUUAAUGCAAUUAAAAGAAAAACCAAAUUUGAUAUAUGACCCAACUGUGACAGAAAGUUUUUACCGACCAAAACUUGUAAAACUAUGGAGCAGCAGACACUGUGUUUAAUCUCUCUGUGCAUAGCGUUCGCAACGAACAGAUCUUAAGAUCAACUAUCUGUGAACUUUGGAACAGCAAAAACUAUCCCUAAUUUCUGUGCAUAGCGUUUGAAACGAACAGAUCUUAAGAUCAUCUAACUAUCUGUGAAAUUCGGAACAGUGAAAACUGUCCCUACUUUCUGUGCAUAGCGUUCGCAACGAACAGAUCCUAAGGUCAUCUAACUAUCUGUGAAAUUCGGUACAGCAGAAACUGUCUUUAAGCUCAUAUGUCUGUGCAUAGCGUUCGCAACGAACCGAUCCUAAGAUCAACUAUUUCCAUAAGUUUCGUCAAACUGUCUGUGAAAUGCAACGUUUUCCUACGAUUCCAAUUGAGAAUCCCCAAAGUAGGCUGAAGCGUUGCACUCCCCUAAAAUUUCAACUGUGAAUGUUUAACAUAAACAAAAAUUUUUCAAAAAUUUAAAAAUCAAUCCUCUCGACCCUGUGUUAAACAUUUUGAGAAAAUGUCUAAACUGACCCCCAAAAAUCCCUCAAACCAAAAUUGCCUCGAUAAAAACAGCCAAAACUGUGAAAAACUAAAAUCCCUUUGAUAAAAAUAUGUGUUAAACAUUUCAAAUGCAUUGUCAAUUUGUGAGUUGCCGUUCGUCAGGAACGAAAUUUUUCUAAAAAAUUCAAAACCCAACCUACAAAUAACUGUGAAUGCGUUUAGAAUAAGUAAGUUUUCGGUUUGUUCAUUUCGAAUAUCCUUUUUUUCUGUAAUGUGAUACAAUUUUGAUAUUUCUCCCCCAACUUGUGAAACCUACGCAGCGUAAAUAAUUUUGAAAAAAUUACAAAACAUUUAAGAGCAGUGUGAUAAAGUUGAUAUUAUAUAUAAAGUACCCCGUUGAAUAAUCCCCCCUAGCCCCCUCCCCAUUGGUGACUUUUGGCAUGGUUGGUCUUGAAAUACCUUUAAAGUUGAUUCAGCUGGCGUCUGGGAUAAGGCUACUAAUAAAUUACAUUGCAUGUGCCGCGUUUUCCAAUACUUGAAAUAUAGGCAUCUAGAUUUGCCGCCAUUUAACAUACCAAAUAAUACAAGUAAUUAUACGAUGAUGCGUACAUUUUCAGAAAAGUAGAAAGCAGAAUGAUGAUGAUGAUGUAAGUCGGAAUGGGAAAAUCGAAGUGAUAGUAACUUUUAUAUUCACGAUUUCAACGAGAGAAGCUCGUUUGCAUACUUACCUAUAUAGAAUUAUGCUUAAGUUACAAGUAAAACAAAAACAAAACAUACAAUCUAUACCCUAAACCUAUUUCUAAAGAAAAAAACCCAAACCCCAUCAACAAAACUUUUUGGCAUUUAAUUGAGAGAGUCGUAUAUGAGGCAAAACUCUGCUUUUGUAUAUGAUUUUCGUCUAAAUUUAAGAUUUCAAUUACGUAUAUAGUUCAUACAAGAAAAAAACACAAUUAUAUAUAGAAAUUAAUGAAGAUUAUUUAUAGGCAAACAACAACACACAUACACCUACACACCUACACACACACACAUACCUAUAACUACAACAUACAUAGUUGUUUAGAUAUUUAAUUGGCAUUAUAGAACGAUGCAACAACCCUAUAUGCAAGGUCGAAGGCAGCAGCGCACCACCAACUACCGUUUAAGUCAGCCCGUGUUUUUAGUUUAGACGCCCAAUUUUUAUUUAGUUUUGAAUUUUAUUUUUGUUUUAGUUAAAUGUGCAAGUAAAAGUAAAAGUGUUAAACUAUAUAACUCUUAACUCUAAUUGACAUCUUGUUAAACGUAUGCAUUGAGUGCAAAAGUUGAAACAGUUGGACAGUUGAAAGAAACAAACAAACAUACAUACAUCAAACUAAUGCCCACCUCAGCCACCAAGAAAACGUAAAUUAAAAUAAACUAAACGAAUUAAACGAAAUAAUAAUAAUAAACCCAAACUAAACGAAAACUCUUAAUUAAACUAAAAUAAUAGUCAGACUUUCAGUUCUACCCAACGCAAAAUAGCAAUACAUAAACAAUUUAACUAACUAAAUGAAAACAUUUAAAUGUAAUUUAUAUUACCUCCUUAGCAAAAAUCAAUAACAAAUGUUUUAAUAAUUAACAAUAACAGUAUAAUACGUAAAUUUAAUAACCAUAAUAAUAAACACAAAAGAAUACUUAAAACUUAAAUGCAAAACAAAUGAAGACAGUUUCUGUUUAGUCUUAUUUAAAAAAUUUAAAAAAACAUUUAUAAAACCCAAAAUAUAACUACAUAAAUGAAAGCAGAUAUACUUUUAUUAUUAUUAUUAUUUUAUUUCACAACAUGAAAACAAAAGAAAAAAAGAACAAAUUAUUUGCACGCUCUUCCCAGUCAAAUUCUCAUCUUCAAUAUUUCGAUUUCAAUAUUCUACAUCGUGUGAAUGGAUCCAACAGCAAAAUGCUUAAACUUACACCAAAAUUCUUUAAAAUCAAUUUUUGAAAGCUCCCAACGCUUGCACUAGAUCAAGUUUCAAUCAUUUUGAGGACUUUCACGUAGCAUCCACGAGCUCUCUCAGAUCAUCUGAUGACGAAAUGUACAAAUUGGUAAAGUUUAGGCACUUUGAACUGGAUGGAAGAAAAACCAGCACAAACUUUCUUUAAUCCAGGAAAAUCGUAGCAAAUGUUUGUUUUUAUUUUUUAACACUUAUCUGAAUGCACACCUCAUUAAAAUCAAACUUUAGUAUGAUUUCCUAAAAAACAUAUAAAUGCACAUGCCCAAGAAUCAUCUUUGAAAUACAAAAUUUAGCACACUUUUUUGGUUUAAGCAUUAUUUGUUUAAUGUGUAAUAUAAUACUUUGUACCUUUUUCUUCUCCUCUUUUAAAUCUUUAUCUUUAUGCAAUUUGCAAAAUGAAAAGAAAAUCAGCACCACACGCCCCUCUUUUUUAUUUGUGUUACUUCAUCCAACGCGCCCACAAAUUUCCCAUCUUGUCUACUUUUUAAUGUAAUUUAGUUGAAUAUUUUAGUUGAUUUUUUUAUUAUUAUUAUUACUAUAUAUCAAUGAAAACUAAAUAAAUUUAAUUAUACUUGAAUAAAAAAUAAACAUACAUAUAUAAAAAUAAACAACAACAAAAUCACAAAAACAAUUAUACUACAUAACUUUUUUGCUAUUAUUAUUACAAUUAAUAAAUAUACAAUUUUUGUUGAUUUUUCAAAUGAUUAAAAUAUUUGUUUGUAUUAUUUCAAAGUUUGGUUUUUUCCGAUUUGAGCUCUUUGGUUUGUAUUCAAUCUCUUUUUUUAUUUAUUGUUAUUUAGUUGGAAACUGCAUAUAACGAAGUAUAAAUCGUAUAACAAAAUGAAAUCGUCGGACGAUAAACUGCCGAGUUUAGCAUACUUGCGUCAUUUACUUUACCGAAAUGUAUUGCUUUUAGCAUUUAUAGUAGUAGAAAGUCCCUCUGCCAGACGCGUUUACCUCAGUUAGUCGCAUCUUUAGAUACAAACAUACAUACAUAGUAAUUUGUACAACGUAGGAACAUGUUAAUCGCCACAUAAAUACAUAACUAAAUAGUUUAGUAAUUGCAUUCGCGCCCCCAAGCGUAUGCAACAGAUUAUUUUACAACCACAUUCAUGAGACGAUGAUGUGUGUGGCACACUUGAUGGAACUUAUUCUUUUUUUGUCUUUAUUUUUUAGCAAAACUUGCUUACUGAGUUACCUGUGUACACCCCCGCCUAGUAUCCUACCUCCCCUUCCCCCCAAAAUGCUCCCAAAUGCACUAAAUCAAUUUCUUAGUUGAAUUUUGAGUUGAACGCGCCGAGCGUCAUCUUUGUCUUUGUCAAUGUUGUAGUCGAAUUUUUGUUCACGUUUGUUCUCGUUAUGUUAAAAAUUUCUUGCCAAAGUACAAAACACAAAAAAAAAAACAAAAACUAAAUAAAAAAAUCGAUAAUUAACAACUAAAUCAAUUCCUUGUAAUUCCUAAUUGAAGAUGUGUACGUACCCUUUGAGUUACCUGAGCAUUGAUGGUAAAGUUGCCCUCGAUUCGAAGCGAGUUCGUAUUAUUUCGGUUUCAGUUUGAGAUUUAAUAAUUUUGAUUUUGAAAAGCUACAAGUACAUUAAUUAAUUAAUUAAUUAGCGAUAUAUAUGCUUAUAGUUGUGUGUACUUUUAAAUGGGCUGCACUUCUUAGCGUUUAAGAUAGAAUCGUGUGUAAAUGAAAGACGAAAGACAAGAAGAUGCAUAUGAUAUUUAACGAAAAUGAAAAAAAAACCCAUUUGAGUUGCCAUAUUCACGUAGGCGUCUCCCAAAUGUGGCGCAAAAGGUUUUGCUAGAAACGAAUUAUUUUGUUCGAUUAUGAAUUAUUAUGAUUAUGGUGAAGGUAUCGUAAAAAUACACAUUCAAUUUUUGUAUUAAGCAUAUAUGUAUUUAUAUUUAUACUACAUUAGGAACUCAAAACACACAUCGGCUAACUUUAAGCACUUCAAACUACAACCGAUAGCUGGUCAGCAUGGGUAGAAGAACCGCUGGUAAAGUGGACCAACAAUCGGUUAAACAUGCAUGAAAAAUCAUAAACCAAAACAAAACAAAACAAAAGAAUCACAUUAUACAUAGAACAUUAUACAUUAUAUAGGCGCAUAUAUACUAGACUCUACUCGACUCGACUCGUGUGUAGUAUUUAUGUUAUUAGCAUAGGCUUGAUACAGCUGCAAAAAGCAAGCAAGUAAAAGCAAAUGAAAAUGAAAGUGUUGAGCAAGCAAUACGAGCGAGGGCCCAAAGGCCCCUGGAGUCGUGGCCUGGUCUCGCCGAAACGUAAAACAUAAAAAAUCCCUUGAUUUAGCCUAGCCCAUAAUGCAUAAGGAACUUACUCGUAUCGUAUACUUACAAUUACACAUACAUACGUACUCGUAAUUAUCAUUUAAAAAGCGCGGCGCUCUCGAGUGCUGCAUAUGAAUCUGAAUAUGAAUUGUCGAACAAUCGUUGCCAUUUAUUUCUCUCUAUAAGUCUUACUGUAGAAGUGUGUCUAUGUGUUGUACUUAGGUUUACUUAGCAAUACCCUAUGUUUAUUAUUAUUAUUAUGCUUUACGCUUGACCUCUACUCAUCUACUCAAUACUCUCGUGUGUAGUCGUAAAGUCAACGAUUUUUCAAUAACAAUCCCCACAAAGAAACAAACUCCUCGAUGUUGUGUUUUUGUUCUACAAUUAAUUAUAUAGUACGAUGCAUAGUCGUUAGUGAUUUAAGCCAGCAUUUAAUCAACCCAAUCCAAGUUAGUAUUAGGUUGCAAUCAGCAUAAGAAUUAAGCUAACGUAUAGGACUGAUGGUCAGCAACAACAACUUUCGAUUCGAUUAUUCGAUUGUGUGUGUCUGUGUGUAACGAAUUUGUGAUGUGCGCCGCAAAGUAUGCAGCAUAAAAUGAUGGUAAACGGUAUAGGAGUAACGAACUAGAGAUCUGUAGAUCGGUAAACAGUGUAUGCUAAAAAAGACUGAAUGACUGAAAAGUAUAAUCACUCGAAUAACGUAAGCAAGCAGCCAAGGUGAUGAUUGAUUUAUAGAACAUACAAAACAAUAAGUGUAUCUAUAUAAUCGAUUUAUGAAAUGAAAAACAAAAGCAAAACCAAAAAACAAAACAUCCAAGCAAUUCAGGUAUUUGAACUACAAAAGCAAAACGAUUUAAUUCAAUGGACUUCCAAGCAUUUAAGCAAAACAAAACAUAAACAAAAGCAAAAUAGAGACUAAUAAGACACCAAAGUCAAGUAACGUACUGCAAAUAAAAAAUUUCUACCUCAUUGUUAAUAACUAAUUUAAAGAAAAACAAAAAAACAAAGAAACAAAAAAUGUUGCAGCGCCCAAAUACCUCAAAAUGCAGAAAAGAAUAAUUAAAGAAAAUGUGUAACAUUUAUCCACCGAUAAGUGUAAAAUGUUUAAUAAGAAAAUCAACCGACAUACUCGAAACAUCACUUCAUGUCAUCAGUCAUCAGUCAUAGGUCCAUCAGUCAUCAUCGUCAGACAAGAACACACAGUCAUAUCACACACACAGACAUACGUGACAUACACACUCUCACUGCCACAGUCAACAUGUUGCAUUUGUAUUCAACGCAUAUUCUUAAGCAUAAAUAUAAUUUUUUUUCUAUUGACAUCGUUGAAACACAUAUGAGACGAUCGUUACGUAAGAGAACAACACCAAACAAAACAAUUGAAUUGAAAUUCAAUCGAAUAUUCAUAUUCAUUAAAAGUACACAACACUCACAUGAUAAGCCCAUAAGCAAUUUGAAUAUUUUUCAAUUAUUUUAAGGACAGCCACAAAAUAUUUCAUACUCAUUGGCACUACAAAUAAGCAAAAAAAAAAAAUUCAUUAAAAAAAACACAAAAAAAUAUAAACAACGUAAUCAUUCUUCAUGAACAUAAUUUGAUUUGCAUUUUCUUAUUUAAGAAAAAAACUAUUUUUCCUUUUUAAAAGAGCUCCCCGAUAUGUGAUAUUAAAUUGGUAAAAAGGCAAACUGAUAAAAAAACUGAAACGAAAUUUUCAAAAAUUUAUUGUGAAAUUGAAAUUGUGAAAAGCACAAAGCAUUGGCAUUGGCAAACUUUAAAUCAUACUUACUCAUUACUGUGAGCAUUGGCUUAGCUUAAGUUGGAAACAAAUACUUAACAUUAUGUAUAUGUAUUGUGGAAUAUUUUUCAAAACAAUUUUCGGAUUCGAACUGUGAGCAUGAGAAAUGAUAUGUGGUAUUUUGAGUGAACCUUUCCCAGGGGCACGCCCAAGAAACUAAUUGAUAAAUUGGCAAGUAAUAUACAUAAAGCAAAUAAUAUAAAUUCAAUGUCUAUUUUGAAUAAUUUUGUUUAAGCUUAAAUUAGGUUUAGCUGUUCAGAGUUUUGAACAUUUGAGUCUGCAUCAUUGGCAAAUAAAUACAAUCAAUCAUUGCAUUAAACAUCAUUAAAACUCAUAACUGUGACAAAAUUUUUACACACACCCAAAAGGAACCUUAUAAAUUUGCUCACAGAGCAAUUCAAAAUUCUUGGCAAAUAAUUUUGUGGCUGCUUGAAAAAUAAUAUAUGAUAAGUAAACAAUUUGGUUAACAAAUGAAACCAAAUUUCAAUCAUCUUAAGCUUUCUGUGUCAACUUAAUUAUUGCUUCGAUUCUACAUUAGAAAACCAUACGAAAAAAUCAUAAAAAUUAAAGCAUUUCAAAAUAAAAUUAUCUAUCUAAUGAGUUAGAAGUAAGCUCUAGAGUUUUAGACUAAGCACGCUUCUAGGACACUCGAAUUGGGUGAGAGAAAUCGUAAUCGUAAUUGUAAUAAUAAUCUAUGAAUAUUUAUAAUAAUAUGCAAAAAUUACACACACAAUUACAAAUUAAUGGAAUACAUACCUCAAAUUAGAAUUUUUCUAGUUUAAUUCUUACAAAAUAUACAUAUAAAUGUUAAAAAAAACAAAACAAAACAAAAAUAUCAAACAUACUACCAAAAACAAAAACAAAAAAAUACUUGAAUGCAAUUUAUGGAAAUUUUAAUAGUAAAAUUCAAGAGCCAUUUAUUAAACAAGAUAUACAAUUAAAAUAACAUACAAGUUCAUGCAUGCAAACCAAACUAAAUGGGUUUUUAACGUUUCCAAACUAAAUAUGAGUAACAUAAAUAAUAACAAUAAUAAUAAGUACUACAUCAUCCAAAAUAUUCUUAUAAAUACACUCAUGUAAUGCUGCCAAAAUCAAAGCUGCCACAAAAUAACUCAACUCAACUAAAGGUAAAAGUAAAGUAAAGUAAAGUAAAGUAUGUAAAAGUAAAAAGUCAACUCAUCACUCAUCAAAACUCAAGAAUUAUUGUAGUGAAAUUUUAGCAGUAGUUGCCCGAAUCUGAACACCGAAAGAAGCUCCUAACUAUCUCGAUCUCAAUUCAGUCACUCAGCAGAUAAACGAGUAUUUAGGAUGGAUUAUCUUUAAAAAAAACACAACAAAAAAAUACGAAAUACGUGAAAGUAAUAUGGCUAUUAAGUACUUAUUAUUGCAUUAUUACGCAUUAUAUGGAAAAUAUGGAAUAUCUAUUAUAUAUUAUAUGGCAUAUAUAUUGUAUAUGAAGUUUUCAUUGUACUAACUUAUAUAUAAUCUAUUUGAAAGUCAUCAUUAUUAUUAAACUUUGUAGUAUGUUUCGUUAUAAAUACACACACACACACAUACACACUCACUUAUUCACUCACACACACACACUUUAGUAACAUACAAACACACACACAAACACUCACUGAUACACUCCUAUAUUUGAGGGGAUUUGUAGCUUGAAGGCCCUUCCAAAAUCAGUAGAGCCCACCCAAGUCUGCGAUCCGCUGAGCAAAUGGCGAAAGGAUUUUCAACGCAACGGCGUAGACGCGUCUACUCACAUAGAAGAAUUUCUGCUGCUCAGGUAUGGGCGUGUCCUACGUCCGUUCCGAUCGAAAAUCCUUAUCGCAAUCGGGGCGUAAUGUGCCAGUUUUAAGUUUAGUUUUAGUUUAGUUUAGUUUUCUAACUCUCUUGCUCUCUUGCUCUCUUUCUCUCUCACUCUCUUUUUAUCUCUUUCUCUCUCUCUCAUGUCGGAGGAGUUGGUAAUAUGCAGAGAAAGAAGAAGAAGAAGAACAGUAGAAACGCCAUAGUGGAAUUUUGUUUAAGUUUCUUGUUUCGUUUCUAUUAUUGAAAAUGAAAAUUUAUGCAAAUCAUAUGAUUAUGAUAAUAUUUAAACAAAAGUACACUUUACCUUAUUUAGAUGCAAUGAAACUUUAAUUCCUUGAAUUAGUCAAAUUUGAUUUUGGACCUGAACAAAAAACACAAAAAAAUAAAAAAACAAAAAAAACGAAACCAAAAAAAAAAAACAUAAAUAAUUAAAAAAUACCAAGCAUAAAAGUUAAUGUAAAACCAAAGAAAAUAAAACUAAAAUAGACAAAUGUGCAACAAGAUUGUGUAAGGACAUGCGAAAAGGAUAAUGCAUUGAAUACAAUUAUAUAAAGCGAUCCUGCGAUCUUUGACACAAUCCUUGAAGCACUCCAUUUUUGGUUUUGUGUUGAAAACAAAAUGCAAAUACAAAUAUCUAUUGUAUCUGUUUGAUUUCCUUGUUAAAACUAAAGCAAAUAUACAAAACGAAUAUUUUACAAAAUGAGAUGAAAGAUGGUAACAAAAAAAAAAAUGAAGGCGAGAAAUUACAAAUUAAAAAAACAUUCAAAGAUACAAAAAACAUGAACCUCAGCACUCCUGCAUCCUACACAAAUGUAACAAACAAAACAAAACAAAACAAAAGAAAACGAAACGAAAUGAAGAAAAUAAAAUAAACUAAAAACUAAAUGAAAACCCUAGCGAAAUCAAACAUAAUAAAUAUAACACCGAUGAAGGCUAAGCGAAUAAGCAACAAACAAAAAUAUACAAAGCAAAAGCAAAAGCAAAAACAAAAUGAACUAAAAAAUGCGCCCCUCCCCCUUUUCGAAAGUACAAAUUGUUUUUAUUGUGAAAAGAUUUUUUAAAUAAAAAAAAACAAAAAGUAAAAUGCGUAUGCAAAGUUGAAGAUGAAACGGAAAAUGAGAAUUGAAUGCGAUUAGCCAGAAGAAAGCAAUUAAAGACAAAGACCCAUAGAAUUAAACCCGAUCAAAAUUCAUCAAUUAUACUGCUUUAAUAUUUCAUAUAAACGUAAACCCAAUAUCUUUCAGUUCAUAUGAUAUUUUUGCUCAGCUUAGUCAAAAAUUCAAAAUGAUUUAUCCAACAGACAAAAAUAUACUAAGCAUAACAAUACAUUGUAGUUGCAGUAAAAUAAAACAAGCAAAAAAAAUACAAAAUAUAUAAAUCUUAUAAGAUCUAAGCUAAUCAAAAAGGAAAUUACAUAAACCAAGGCUUUUGAUACAAAUUAAACAAGCAUAAAAUAACUAAUCCAAAUCAUAAUAAUAAUAUUGAUAAAUGAGAAACAAUAAUUUUGCAAAACUCUUUCUAUGCUUACACAAAACUAUUUACAAAAAAAAAACACACAAAAAAAUCACACAUAAUACACAAAACACUUGAAACAUUUUAUUGGCGAAACAACUUAAUUAUUUAUGUCUUUAAAAAUAUAACAAACAAAAAAAUAUAAAAAUAAAAAAAAUUAAAUGGUUUAUGCAUACACUAUAUAUUGUAAUCCCAUUUAGCACUUAAAUUAUAUAUAUAUAAUAUGCGUAUUUGUCUUUAUUAAUAACAAUAAUAUUAUACAAAAAAAAAAACAACAUUUACUAUAUAUUAUAUAAUAAAACGAUUAACACUUCUAAUUAUAUAUGAAAAUAUAUAUAUAUUUUAUAUGAUGCAAUAACGAAACUAUUGCAACAAAUCAUUGAAACAUUUGUAAAGCGGCAGACUUAAAAAUAAAACAAAAAAACAAAAAAAAAACACAAAUACGAAAAGAACAAAAUCUUUCAAUAAAGUGCGACCAUUGUCGUUUAUAAUCAUCAAAACAAA